CGACGACGACAAAGAGGAUACCACCAGAGGACCGAAGUUGCAGAUGACAACUGUGCUACAGAGGCAAAUUCAUCUGCAAGCACUCUGGAGUCCUGCUCCACCACUUCUCUCCCUGCACCAAGCUUGUCAAUCAACCUCCCUCAGCAACAACAAUGUCAAACCCCUUCAGUAUCUCCUGAGCAAGCAGCUUCAACAAAUGUUACUGCUUCCAACACUGACCCAAAUUGGGCCGUAAAUUUCCGCGUUCCAUGGAACAGCAUGCCUCCUGCUCUAAUGUUAGCUUUGAAGAAAAAGGAGCGCCCUUCAAGUAGAUUACGGCGGGAAAUGAUCAGAAUAAUAGUCAGUCAUGCCAUGAGAAUGUGUGAGCGCCCCUUGAGAAAGCACUACGAAAUUAUUGCUCGUCGGAUUGUGCAACAGUACCCAUCAUCCCUGCAGGACGCUUUUGAUGGCACAGUAGUCGGCACAGGGCAUGACUCCGUGCUUAACCAACUUGUUUUUAGAACCGAGAACUGUACCCGUUCGAGGAGCGACACACCCGAAACAAAAGGACGCCAGAAAAAAUCAGGCCCGUAUGGUUGCAUCAGGGAUGCUUCGACUGAAGAAGUUGAUGAAGAGGGUAUGGCAGAAAAAAAAGAGAUUCUAAAAUCUUGGUACACAAACAGUGAAGGCGAGGGGCACAAAGUCAUUCAAGAACUUAAGUCGACUUAUCCACUGCAGCGCAAAAUGAUCAAGUCAAAAAUGACGACGCGUGAACUUAUGUCGGAGUGGCCGUAUUUGUUCACACCAGAAGGAAUGUUUACGCACUUCCAACUGCUUGUAGGCGUAGAUAUAGGGUGCGUGCUCCCUAUAUCUCUGAAUGAGAAAGGAGCCAACGUACUGAACUUCUCCAAGCAAGAGUCACAGAAAACAGACACUGUUGCACGAAUACUGCUAGAGCAACAGGAAGCACCAAGUCCAGCUGCUCAGAGUGAAGCACUUGCGGUGACCCUCCUCCUGCUGCACUACCUGGAUGAGGCCGAAGAUGGUGUCCUGCUUGUUCGUAGCGAGUUCUGCACAGCCCGGGAUGUCGAGCUGUCUGCACUUCCAGCCAGUCCACGGAUUAUUGCUCUUGGCAAGAUAAAUUUUUGGAAUGUAUACAGUAUUGGUGGCAUGCCAAGUGUGGUUUGAGUUUCGUUCAAACAUUUUGCAUGUAUAUUCUAUCAGUGCUAACUUUCGAUGCUUUUACAUAUUGCAGGUGACUCCCCCUGGUGCGCCACAUCGUUCAUGAUAACUGUGGACCAACUAGUCAUAGCGGAUCACGUGCCACAGUUCAUUACGGCACUUGGGUUCUGGUUCGCCCUUCAUUAUACCCUUGAUCUUGUGUAUGCUGAAGAAACUCGGGCAUUUCUGGAAUUCGUGCAACGGACAUUUCUCGGAAUCAACCCAGACAGGGGCUACAGAGCAGAGAAGCGCCCACGAACACCCGUUAACAAAAAGGUGCUCCGACUUGUGGACCGGCUUUCACGGUUCGAAUGGAACCUGUAAUGUUUCAUGGCCUUUCACGGGCACAUUACACACUUCUGUACCAUGUUCGUGUCAACAUUUAAUUUGUGCUUUUUGACUGAGGUCGAUAGAAGCAGGUCGAUUGUGCAGUUUUUUGUCGUUUCCUUUUGUUAUAGCAAAGAACACUCAAUACUUAUUUUUUGUAGUGCCAUGCGUACGUGGAUAUUUUCCAUAUAUGAUUUAAGCAUGGUAACUCAUUCUUUAUUAUGAGGACGGUGCAACGUGUUGGCAUCAACUCCCCUUCUUUUUUGUUUUAAGCAGCAUCUUCCGAGCGUUUCUUGAAGCAGGGGCAUGUUUACGACAGAUCUGCUCACAGACGAGGUAGGUUUUCAAAUAUUGUGUAUGUUGGACAUGUCCAUACUGUUGC